GUACUUCCUGUGGAAGCUGCUGGCGGUGAUGCUGAUGCAGGAGGAGGGGGGGUGGCGGGAGGCCUACACCUGGCCCCUGCUGGUCUUCCUGCUCUCCUGCUGCGUCUACCCGCUGGCCUCCAGCUGUGCGCACACCUUCAGCACCAUGUCCACCAGCGCCCGGCACAUAUGCUUCUUCUUCGACUACGGGGCCAUCAGCUUCUACAGCCUGGGUUCUGCGGUCACGUACUCCGCUUACGUAAUGCCAGACAACUGGGUGAACGGCACCUUCCAUAAGUACUUUGUGUCCAUCGCCGUCUUCAAUGCAGUCGUUGCCACGGCAAUGUCCUGCUACUCCAGGCUUGGCCUGCCAUUUCUCCACUAUAACCAUGACACCAUUAAAAGAUUCCCAGAGAGCCAAAGCCCAAGGUUUGGCCAACUUGUCCGCAUCCUCUCCUUCGCCCUUCCCUACUUGUUUGACAACAUUCCCCUCUUCUACAGGCUGUUCCUGUGUUCUGGCGAGGGCUGCACCACCAAUGCUGCCAACGCGCUGCACUACCGCCACAUAGGCCUGGCCUUCCUCACUGCCUUCCUGUGUGCCACCCACCUGCCCGAAAGACUGGCCCCUGGACGCUUCGACUUCAUAGGCCACAGUCACCAGCUGUUCCACGUAUCCGGCAUCAUCGGGACGCUCAUCCAGAUGCAGGCCAUCGAGGUGGACAUGAGGGAGCGACGCCAUUGGCUGGCGGAGAACUCCGGCCCCGUCACGCUCUCGGCGACGUUCGGAGCCGCCGGCCUCUGCAUCACCCUCAGCCUCCUCAUCAUCCUCAUCUUCAGCCUGUCUCUGCUGCUCUGUCCUGCCAGGACUACGCAACGAGCACAGAAAGGCAAAGCCAGAGAUUGAGUCUCAGGACACAAGAGGCCUU